UUGGCAUUGUCGCGGUGCUCGCGGUGGCGGCCUUGGUGGGGUCAGCUGGGUAUCUCUGCCGAGCUUUCCGAAGCCUCGACAUUGUGGACGACCUCACGCGCUUUCCUGGCCUAGCGCUGAUUGUCCCUCUUGGUGCUAUGUAGUGGUGAAACUGCGUGUGUGCGAAGCUAAAUGUUAGGAAUGUUUUGGCAUGAGUGGGUUGGCCAGGUGGUCAGACAGGCAGCUUUGGGACAAAAUAAGAGGGACAGUUUGAUAGUUGGUAGAGUUAUAUCAGAAUUUGUAUGGGUUACACACGCCUGAAACAUAAGUUCCGUCUUAUUGUUACUGUUGUGUUAGUAUCGUUCCUUGUGAGAACUAGUGCUCGGUGUUUGCCUCCCACUUAGAUACAGGUUCGAAUACCACUCUUGCGGUACCCUUGAAAUGGCACGGUAAAAAAUUGCGCAGCUGUGAAUUCCUGCAGCUUGCUUUGUGUACAAACUUAUGAUGAGUCACUUUAGAGGAAGGUGUCGGAUGAAAUGACGUGAAAAAGUGGUGUUUGUUGUGUAAGUUUUAAGCGGCGACGUAUAUAAGCAUCUUUACCCCAAUCCCAUAAUGUGUCUUAGAUAACUCUUAAAUGUAGAAAUUAAACUUAUUGUGCUACUGAUGCUCAGCUGUACCUGGUUUUCAUUUUGCUGACAAACAUCCUACUUCCAUUCUCAUUCACAAAAUUUCAGUCCUGCUUGCAUGUGUGUGGGGUCAGUUAGUGCGGUGAGGUCAGCAUCAGGUGUUUGACCACGAGCUGAGUGAUGCUUUGUCAUUUAUACAGUGAUCAGCUCCUCCUUUGCUGUAAAGGUCACAUGACCUGCAGGGUUCCACCACUUUGAAGUUUGUGCCCCCCCCCUCCAAAAAGAUUACCCCAGGCGGUACUAACCUUUCUGCAGCUGUGAUCUGCAGCACAGUGCCACCUUUUCAACUAGGCUCUCUGUUCUAACGGUCCGAAAGACCGACGAGCUCAAAAGACGACGGUGUCUCUACCUGCCAUUUACAAGCGCUCAUGGACAAAAGUGUAUAGUCCCUGCAAUGCGUACGGCGCGCAUCCUUUUUGGCGCAUUUUCUCGUGCGUGAAUUGUCGAAGCAAUGGUCAACGGCCGCUCGCAAGGCAAGCUGCUUGUUGGGUCAAGCUGGGUUGGGACUGAGACGAUCCCUCAGAAGAAUGUGAGUAGCACGCAGUCACCUCUUUAACUAAAUGGUCUCUUUGGUGCCAGGCCUCCUCCUUGGGUGGGCUGAGGGGAGGGGAGCGGUAAGAGCCUGUCACAACAUACAGUAAUAUAAACAGCUGAGUUUAACUUGCUCUGUAAACUGACAUUAACCAUAUAAUCCGAGUUGGAGUCGGGAUGGAGAUCCGUCACUUGUGUUAAUAUUUAUGUUGGACGCCAAGGUGCUCCCCGACGCGGCGUUGAAGAAGUUUGUGAAGCAGCCGUGUUCUCUGGAUUUUCCUCAAUACCUAGUGAAAGGUUUGGACUCUGCUUGCUGGAAACUUUUUAGUUUUUAAUGUGUUUAGGGUAUGUAUCUUGAUCUGGAGUACCACAGAAAGAGUUGGGAUACAAAACCAAGUCCUUCGAAUGCAAGACCCCAGCAAUAUUUGCGCUACCUGUUGUGUGGUGAAAGGUUUUCGUGCUGAUGUGUGGCUUUGUUACUUAUCCAAAAAAAGUGUAAAAUGAGCACUGCUUUUGCUUGGUAUUUCACUCAAAUGGUUAAAGUAGUGAGGGCUGCAAGGGUUUUACAGCCAGAAUGGGCGAUGCUGUGGUCCGCUUUUUGUUUUUCAACCUAUAUUUUCUUUGUCCCAGCAGCACAGAUGGAAUGUGUACUCCAAGGGAAUGAUGCUUGCACACUUGCGCGAGGACAAAGAGUUGCAAUAUUUAGCAGUAUUUAUGCAGUACUGUCUAAAAUUCCAAAAGGAACUGAAAGGAUGACUCCUCUUGACCUUAGCGUGUCCAUCUGAUCUCAGUUGGACGCGGGACAGAGGUUUGCCGCACGGGACCAGCUACUUCAGACUUCACUUCACUGCCGAACUUCAAAAUCUCUGGAUUCCGGGAGCUUUUGGCGUCUGCAUGCGCUAGCGGAUAUGUACGAGUGCACGUACACCUGUACCUGAACAGCUUGUCAGGUGUCCCUCCUCCUCCCCCCCCCUUCCCCCCCCUCCUUCCUUCUUUUUUGGUGCAACCUCUUUUUGCAACACCAGCAAAGAGGAACUUGAGGGGGGUCCAUGAGCUCUAAGGACAGAGCAGUGUCAACAUGAGUAGUACGUUAGGAAAGGACAAGGACUCGAAGGAAAAGGACCCCAAGGGUCCAUCAGGCAAAGAAAGGGAAAAGGAGCCCAAGCCUCUGGGCGGCUUUGGCAAGGAUGGCAAGGAGCCCAAGACCAAAGGGAAAGAUGCCAAAGAUGGCCGGAAGGACGCAGGGAGCGCCCCGCCUGCUGUGGCCUUCUCUGUGGACAACACGAUAAAGAGGCCUAACCCGGCCCCGGGUGCCCGCAAGAAAUCGAGCAAUGCGGAGGUGAUCAAGGAGUUGAACAAGUGCCGAGAGGAGGGUGCCACGCGCCUGGACCUGUCCAAGCGUUCCCUACACAUGCUCCCUCCGGCGGUUAAGGAGCUCACGCAACUGGCCGAACUCUACCUAUACAGCAACAAGCUGCAGAGCCUGCCGGCCGAGGUGGGCUGCCUGUCGGGGCUUGUGACGCUGGCGCUCAGCGAGAAUUCACUCACCAGCCUGCCCGAGGCGCUCGACAGCCUGCGCAAGCUGCGCAUGCUUGACCUGCGACACAACAAGCUGCGCGAGAUCCCGCCUGUUGUGUACCGCCUGACAUCCCUGACCACGCUCUACCUACGCUUCAACCGCAUCACCGCCGUGGAGAAGGACAUCCGCAACCUCUCCAAGCUCACCAUGCUCAGCAUCCGUGAGAACAAAAUUAAACAGCUGCCUGCUGAGAUAGGGGAGCUGUGUAAUCUCAUCACGCUGGACGUAGCUCACAAUCAGUUAGAGCACCUUCCAAAGGAGAUCGGAAACUGCACGCAGAUCACGAACCUGGACCUUCAGCACAACGAGCUCUUAGACCUUCCCGAAACUAUAGGUAAUUUGUCAUGCAUAAAUCGCUUGGGCCUGCGGUACAAUAGGCUAUCAGCGAUCCCUCGAUCAUUAGCCAAGUGUCGAGAGCUGGAGGAGCUGAACCUUGAGAACAACAACAUCUCGAUGCUCCCGGAGGGCCUUUUGUCAAGUCUGGUCAACCUGAACAGCUUAACGCUAGCCAGAAACUGCUUCCAGUCCUACCCGGUUGGUGGUCCAUCCCAGUUCUCUACCAUCUACUCUCUCAACAUGGAGCAUAACCGCAUCAAUAAGAUCCCCUUUGGCAUCUUCUCCCGGGCCAAAGUGCUGAGCAAACUCAACAUGAAGGACAACCAGUUGACGUCUCUCCCACUUGACUUUGGGACCUGGACCAGCAUGGUGGAACUCAAUCUUGCCACCAACCAGUUGACAAAAAUUCCUGAAGAUGUCUGUGGCCUUGUAUCACUUGAGGUCCUGAUUCUGUCAAACAAUCUCCUUAAGAAGCUUCCACAUGGAAUUGGAAAUCUUCGGAAACUGCGGGAGCUGGAUUUAGAGGAAAACAAGUUGGAGUCCCUCCCCAACGAGAUUGCCUAUCUUAAAGAUUUACAGAAACUUGUCCUGACAAAUAAUCAGCUGACCACCCUACCCAGAGGCAUUGGUCACCUCACCAACCUGACUCACCUGGGCCUUGGGGAGAACCUCCUGCAGCACCUUCCGGAGGAGAUUGGUACACUGGAGAACCUGGAGGAGCUGUACCUCAACGACAACCCGAACCUCCACAGCCUUCCCUUUGAGCUGGCCCUCUGCAGCAAGCUGUCCAUCAUGAGCAUUGAGAACUGUCCCCUUAGCCACCUUCCACCCCAGAUUGUUGCGGGGGGUCCCUCCUUCAUCAUCCAGUUCCUGAAGAUGCAGGGCCCUUAUCGUGCUAUGGUCUGACAACCCUCAUUGUUGUGUGUCAUACACUGUAAAAUUUAAAAGGAAGAAAAAAAGUUUAAAAAAGUAAAAGGAUAAAAGAAAACUAAUGAAAUACCUUAAUCUAUCUGAAAUUAAGAAAAAGGCAAUUUUAUUAAGACUGCAUUGUUUCUGCUAAGAGGAAUCACAGCCAUUUAGACCCACCCCAACUCAUGUAAAGAUAAUUUGUCAACUUCUUUUGCCAAAAUUGAUCGCUGUAUAUUGAAUAAUCAUGAGCUGAAUGGCAGUCUUUUAAUAUAUAUAUAUAUUCAAUAUUGCCAACAGUUACCAUAAUUAAAGAUGGUUUUUAGAACAAGAAUAGUUGUAUGCAAAAAAACUGUUUAAACCUUCGAUUUGCUGCUGCUGCCAUUUACCUUUUUCUCCCCCUUCCCUUUGUUUACUUUUUUAAAUUCUUUAUUUUACUGCUUCUUAAUUAGGGAUUGUGUUUUGGUGCAGGUGGAUAGAUCAAAUUUUUGAUGUUCAUGUAAAUGAUGCAGAUGUACAAAGUGAUUUUUUUUUUUUUAGUGCCUAUCCAGGAAACCAAACAGGUUGGUUCAUCAUUGCAACAGUUUAGGCGUUUCUGGAAAAGCUAUACGUCUCCCCCUUUUUAUUUUAUUGUAUUUUUUUAAUUAGUGUUUUAUUCUCAUGCAGAGGGUUUAUACAACAGAAAUGAACUCCUAAAACCUAAUAUAUGAAUAAGUAAUAAUGCAAAUGUAAGGAAGUUGGACUAUGACUUCUUGGUCACCAAAAAUAAACUUCCUUUAUCCGUUUGGGUAAACAAUGUGCAAAAAAGAGGAAAAACAAAAGCAAAAAGUCAUUGAGAGAAAGCAAUCGAGUUACAUUUGGUAUGUUUUUGCUUUUCAGUCGCAAGUUUACGUAAGAGUAGAGUUCAGGUUUGUGGCAUCUUUGAAUUUUAAUCACGUUAAGUAUAGCGGUAGCAAGGCGUGGCCCUCGCGUGCGGUAGGGUCGCGGGCACGAGCUGCGGUUAGUUCUGUGUGCGCACGCGCUAGUCGGUUCGCGUCACGUUUACUUUUCGCUAUAUCUUCAUUGCUGGGGUCGUUACUGUAAGUCAUUAUUUAAGGAAGUCAUAUCAGGCAUCAUGGUGUAAAAUAAUGAAACUUUUUUUUAAAAAAAAAAAAAAAACAAAAAGGAUAUGUUAAGGUAUGC